AUGUUGUACACUCAUGCCACUGUGGUGACCGUGGAUACUUCACGCCGUAUAAUUACGGACGGAGCAAUUCGUGUAGUCGGCGAUGUUAUUGUGGAUAUUGGCAAGACAGCUAUCCUCAAGGAAAAGCAUGCAGCCGACGAAGAGUAUGAUCUCUCCGGUCGGAUUGUCAUCCCAGGGUUAAUCUCGACCCACAUGCACACAGCACAGACCUUACUGCGAGGUACGGCCGAUGAUCUAGAGCUGGUGUCAUGGCUAUGCGAGAGGAUCUGGGUUCUCCAGGGUAACUUUACAGCCGAGGACGGAUACGCAGCAGCGCGGCUGAGUAUCGGAGAGAUGCUUAAAUCAGGAACCACGUGUUUUUUGGAGAGCAUGUUUGCGGAUCGAUAUGGCUUUGACGGGCUAUGUCGUGCCGUUGAAGAGAGUGGCAUCCGCGGCUGUCUAGGCAAGAUUGUCAUGGACAUUGCAAAAUACGCCAAAGACGACGCUUGGGCUAUGCAUCCUGGUCUUGUUGAGAACCGUGAAACCUCAUUACUUGGAACUGUGAAGAUGUGGGAGAAGUGGAAUGGUGCAGCCGACGAUAGAAUCAGAGUCUGGUUUGGUGCCAGGACUCCCGGAGGAGUAUCGGACGCGCUUUAUAAGGAAAUGACCGCCAUUUCCAAAGAGAAGGGUAUACCUAUUACCAUGCAUUGUGCUGAGGUCAAGGCCGAUCGCGAUUUUUUUGCUUCAGUCUCGCACACCCCGAUGUCAUAUUGUAAAUCAGUUGGCCUGCUGAGCAACACCACGGUCCUCGUUCAUAUGGUUCAUCUGGACGACUCGGACAUUGAACUUCUUUCUUCUUCGGGAACGCAUGUCGCACAUUGUCCAACAUCCAAUGCGAAGCUUGCGUCCGGAAUUUGCAGAGUGCCAGAUCUCCAAAAUGUCGGAGUCAAUAUUGGCCUGGGUACCGAUGGCGCCCCGUGCAACAACACCUGUGAUCUCUUGCAAGAGAUGAAACUCGCUGCCAUUAUUCACAAGGGUAUCUCUCAAGACCCCACGGUAGUCCCGGCCGAAAGCGUGCUGGAGAUGGCUACAAUAAAUGGGGCCAAAGCGCUGGGCUUGGAUAACCAGAUCGGCAGCCUGGAAAUUGGCAAGAAGGCUGACUUUGUGGCUAUCGAUGUUCGAGGGAUCCACACCCAGCCUUGGUUUAAUCCAGUCAGCGCAGUUGUUUAUACUACAAUUGGGCGAGAUGUCGAUGUUGUUGUGGUCAACGGGAAGGUUGUCGUCAAGAAUGGUGAGCUCAUGACGAUGGACGAGAAGGAAAUUGUGCAGGAAGCCCAAAGAAGAAGCAAGGAGGUAGUGGAAAGAGCCGGGUUGGGAAAGAAAGUUCAGGGUCGUUGGCCAGUGGAGUGA